AUGGUUAGGUAGUACGUGUAGGUAACUGAUGUUUAAAGAAGAGAAUUGGUGAGAUUGAUCCACGAAGAUGGAUUCUCGAUCGCCAAGGCCUCUAAGAUAACUAACAUACCUUAUGACAAUGCCAAGGCUAUCAAUAGAACUUACCUUAGAGAAAAAAGGAUCCACAAGAUAAACUACAGAUUAAGAUACCAGAAAAAGACUCUCCAAGUCAUUCCAAAUCUUUAAGAAAGUCUUAUCAUCAACACCUAGAACUCUACAAGCUAGAUGUCAAUUAAUGAGCUAAGCAAAAUUUAAAAUGAAUCCUAUGAAAUAAAUUCCUAGGCUGAAAACCCACUUAAGUCUUCAAAUGAUAACAUUUUGUCUGUCUAAAGUACCUAAAAUCCUCAAAAUAAUGCUACUUUUAAUCAAGCAAAAUAACCUUUCAACACAUAAACUUAACCAUCAAGAGCACCAUUAACAACUUUAUAAAUGAGAAACUUUUUACUAUAGUUAUUAAUCCAAAGAUAAUAAAUGUAAUAACUUAAUAAUUUCAGAUAAAAUCUCUUCAAUUCUUAUGGUUCAGUAAAUACUUAAUAAGGAAUUCCUUAAACUUUUGACUUUUAGAGUUACUCAAAGAGAAUAUAGGAAAGAGUAAUUUAGCAAUAAUAAAGUCAGAUAUAAGAACCAAGUUAAUAGGCUAAUCACCCUUAAUAACCUUAAAAGAGCAUCUUUAAUCUACAACCUUUCAACAUGAACAGCUGUCAUUAAGGCAAUGGGAUGCAGUAGCCAUCUGUCUAAACUAUUGUUAAGAUUAUCAAGCCUAAGCCUCAAUAUGUGAUCAUGAGUAACUUAGACCAAAAUUAAAGCUAACAACCUAGAUACUUUAAACCACAAGUAAUCUAACUUGAUAGCCUGAAUCAGUAACAAAGAUUAGAACAAAUAAGUGCUCCAAGCACACAUUAGUUCACUGGGAAUAACUAAGAUAUGUAGUGA